CUGCCGCGCCGCGAUUGGCCGAGGCGGGGGCGUGCGCACGGUGACGGGAGGGGAGGGGGGGGCGUUAAAGGCCCCGCGGCGGGGCCGGGUGCGGGCCGUGCGGCCAUGGCCUACGCGGGGUUGGCGCAGGAGUACCUGGGGGUGCCGGCCGUGACCAGGGCCUACACCACGGCCUGCGUGCUCACCACCGCCGCCGUGCAGCUGGAGCUCCUCACCCCCUUCCAGCUGUACUUCAACCCCGACCUCAUCUUCAGGAAGCUCCAGGUCUGGAGGCUGGUCACCAACUUCCUCUUUUUCGGGCCCCUGGGAUUCAGUUUCUUUUUCAACAUGAUAUUUCUCAGCGCGAGGUACAGGUACUGCCGUAUGCUAGAAGAAGGCUCCUUCCGUGGAAGGACAGCUGACUUUGUCUUCAUGUUCCUCUUCGGAGGGUUUCUUAUGACACUAUUUGGUCUCUUUGCCAGCCUGUUUUUCCUGGGUCAGGCUUUCACCAUCAUGCUGGUGUACGUGUGGAGUCGCAGGAACCCCUAUAUUCGCAUGAACUUCUUCGGGCUCCUUAACUUCCAGGCCCCCUUCUUGCCCUGGGUCCUGAUGGGCUUCUCUCUGCUCCUGGGCAAUUCCAUCAUCAUUGACUUGCUGGGGAUUGCAGUGGGUCACAUCUAUUACUUCUUGGAAGAUGUCUUCCCCAACCAGCCUGGAGGAAAGAAGUUGCUUUUAACUCCCAGCUUUCUGAAGAUGGUAUUUGACACACCCGAAGAGGAUCCCAACUAUAACCCCCUCCCUGAGGAUCGUCUGGAAAACCAGCCUGGAGACCAGGACCUGAACCAGCAGCCCCCCCAGUAACACAGAGGAUGCCUCUAUGUGGCCAGAUUCCUCUCUCCUAGCUGGGCUUACGCUGUGCCCCAGAUCCCACUGGAAUAAUACUCGUUGCUGCCAUUCUGCUGUGUCCUGUUUCACUGUCUGUGUGGGUAACCCAUCUUCCUCUUGUACCAAGCGGCUCUGCAGAGCUCUGCACACGAGAACUGAUGAACGCUUGUGGAGGUGUCCUAGGGACAAGGGCUGGAAUUUAUGCCAUGGCUCCUGUUACCUGGUGGGGCAUAAGUAUCAAGCGGGGCGUUAAACCAGUUACUCAUUGACUUGCUGUGUGCCAAGUCACUUCUGUCCUCUGUACAAAGACUGAUCUCUGCUCUCACUGCUGUGAGACAUCUGUGUGGGCUUCUGACCAAGUAGUACUUCUCACCGCAGUGUAAGCAGAACCUGGUCCCCAAAGGAAAACCUGCCGUAGUGGAAUGCAGCUCAGCCUCUUCCAUCUCUCUAAGUCCCCCACCCUCUUUCACUGUUUUUUCCAAAAAGUCUUUACAUUAAAGUCUUUAUUUUUCA